GGGGAAAGUACCUUGGUGUACUUGUAAGGUUUGUUUCGUCAGAGGAUUUUCUUUCCCUGUCGUAUUUUAGCCGUAUAAUUGCUACAAUUCUCGUUUAGAUGGGAGCAUGGCUGAUGAGUGGUACCAGUCAUCGAAGGAUGUGCAAGGUGUUUUGUUGGACAUCACAGGUGUCCUAUAUAACAGUUCAGAUGAUGGUGGAGUAGUGAUACCAGGCUCUGUUGAAGCUGUAAACAGGUUGAAGUCAUCAGGUGUGCAGGUUCGUUUUUGCACCAAUGAGACGAUGUGUACACGGCAAGCACUUGUCACUAAGCUGAAUAAACUUGGAUUUGAUAUCAAAAUAGAAGAAGUGUUUUCUCCAAUCCCUGCUGCUUGUCAUCUUCUACGUUCUGAAAGUCUCAAGCCCCAUUUACUUGUACAUAGUGAUGCUGUUGCUGAUUUUGGUGACUUGGCAUCAUCAACAGCGCCCCCUACUUGUGUAGUUAUUGCCGAUUGCGGGUCUGAUUUUACGUAUGAUAACUUAAAUGAUGCAUUUCGAGUGUUGAUGAAUAUGGAGAAGCCAAAUCUCAUCUCACUGGGAAGAGGAAAAUACUACAAAGAUGAUGGACAGCUGAAGUUGGAUGUAGGAGCUUUCAUGAGAGCCCUAGAGUAUGCAUGUGGUUGUGAGGCAACUGUUGUUGGGAAACCAGCGAAGUCUUUCUUUAAGACAGCUCUCAGUGGUAUGGGAGUAACGCCAGACAAGGCAAUAAUGGUCGGUGAUGAUAUCGUCAAUGAUGUUGGAGGUGCACAGGCUUGUGGGAUCCGUGGGCUUCAAGUUAGAACAGGCAAAUACAGACCGUCAGAUGAACCACACCCUGAAGUGAAACCAGCUGGGUACGUGGACAACCUCGCCCAAGCUGUUGACCUCUUAUUAAGCAACAGAUGAGAGCAAGAAGACACUUCAAUAUCUGUGCUUAUUGUUAGUAGUGGUUUAACAAGUAUAAUUGUAGAAAACUAUUAUCAACUAUGUAUUAUUAUUAUUUAUUAUAUAAUAUAUUGGGAAUUGUUAUGACUUAUAAUUUGGAGAAAUUAUUAUCAACUAUAUAUUAUAAUUAAUUAAUUAUAUAAUAUAUUGGAAAUUGUUAUGACUUACAAUUUGGGAAAAAUAUAACAAUAUAUUAUUAUCAUUUAUGAUUAAUUAUAUAAUAUAUGGGAAAUUAUGACAUAAUUUGGGAAAAUUAUUAUCAACUAUAAAUUAUAGUAUUAUAUAAUAUAUGGGAAAUUGUUAUGACUAUUAUAAUUCAGAUGACAAUGCCUUUGUAAUUUGCACAAUAGAAUUCACCAAUAUAAUCAUUGACCUUAAGUUAAUGCCGAGCUCUCAUUGCAUUGUAAGACUGUCAUACAAAGAAUUCAACUCUGCCCUUAGAGCGCUAGACGACACAGCACUGUCUGCGUGGAUCGCCUUUAAAACAUGGGUCGUUGGUUUGCAUUUUAGAAACACUUCGCCCAAAAAUCGUUGGAGGCAGUGAGGGCCUGGCUUAAGGAAACCAGCAGAUCUUCAAACAUGUAGACUGAUGUUUGAAGCUUUCUAUUGUCAUUUCUUCUAAUGGACGCAUCUUUUGGAUGUAAGAGAGAUAGUAACACAGUAUAUAAAUAAUCAUAUAUAAACAGAUUGGUAAAAAUCUGUGAAAUAUUAUAUUAAUACAAGCACACACUCUGUGUUAAGUUACAGUGAUAGCUCUCGAACUCAUUUAUUUGUGUCAUCAUCAUUGUUGUCAUGAUCAUUGUCAUCGUCAUCAUUAUGAACAAGAUUGAAAACUAAAGUGCAUUUUGAAAAUAGUGAUUUAUUAUUAAUCUGAAUGAGUAAUAAUCCCAUGACAAGCAAUGUUGCCAUCAAAAAUUAAUAACAGUUCAAUCACUGGAUUCUGCAUCGAGCCUCAAUAUCGCCAUGCUUACUUUUCACAUCCACAAUAAACAUAGCCUAAUAUGAAUCCUUACACCAUACAUGCUUAUGAAUAUUUAUGAUGUAAUUUUUGCUUAGAAACAAUACAUUUACCUAGCAACCUAAUGUUACCAAUUUUCAUGUUGGAAUUAUCAGAAUUUGAAUAUAUUCUUUGGUUCCUUCGAGAUAUAUGAUAUACUGUAGUUUUUUGUCUUUAUUGAUUUUACCUGACCCUCUGUCUUGUUUAACUGAAAUAACAAUUCUUUGAAUACAAGUGGGAUUGAAAACAUCAUUAGAAAGACAGUGGAUUAAUUUAUAUAGCUCACUGUGCUAAAUGCAAAAUGCUA